GGUGAGGACUGAUGAGUGAGGAGUGGCCAAGAAAAAAAAGACUCCAAAAAUUGCUCUGUAGCCAGUGGUAUAAUAAGUACUGUACUAUCGACGAUCCGUAUCCGGAAUACAAAUACGUAGUAGGUCGUAUAUUUAGCAAAGAUUUAUACAUAAAUAGGAGACCUCAGUCUUCCCUUUGUCUCAACCCACCCUCUGUAAUUUGUAACCCAGCAAAAACGUGUUUUGGGUAGAGACAAAUACAUACGCACAGAGAGAGAGAGAUGGAGAGAGAGGGUGAAAUGAGGCUGUCGAAGUUCAAGACUAUCUGUGUGUUCUGUGGGAGUAGCCAGGGGAAAAAGAGUAGCUACCAGGAUGCUGCUAUUGAGCUCGGAAAAGAAUUGGUCUCAAGGAACAUUGAUCUAGUCUAUGGAGGGGGUAGCAUAGGCCUCAUGGGUUUGGUUUCACAAGCUGUUCAUGAUGGUGGUCGGCACGUCAUUGGGGUGAUUCCCAAGACUCUCAUGCCUCGAGAGUUAACUGGUGAAACAGUAGGAGAAGUGAAGGCAGUUGCAGACAUGCAUCAAAGGAAAGCAGAGAUGGCUAAGCACUCAGAUGCUUUUAUUGCAUUGCCAGGUGGUUAUGGGACUCUUGAAGAGCUACUCGAAGUAAUUACUUGGGCUCAACUUGGCAUACAUGAUAAACCGGUGGGUUUGCUGAAUGUUGAUGGUUAUUACAAUUCCCUUCUGUCUUUUAUUGACAAAGCUGUGGAAGAAGGUUUCAUAAGUCCAAGUGCACGCCACAUCAUUGUAUCUGGCACAACAGCAAGGGAACUUGUGAAGAAACUGGAGGAGUAUGUUCCAUGCCAUGAAAGAGUUGCUUCGAAAUCAAGCUGGGAGAUGGAGCAGCUCGACUACUCUCAAUCGUAUGAUAUCUCCAGGUGUAACGGAUUCGCUUCAUAGAGAAAGCGUCGUAGAUUUGGCAUUGACAAAGAGGCUAACAUAAGAAGAAAGAAUAUUGAUGAUAUUUUUGAUGUGAAGGGUUCUUUUUUGUAAAUUACUUGCAGCAAAUGACCUCAUGAUGUCAAAUUCCACUUUUGCCCUUCAAUUGGAACUUUGGUUUCCUUUCUCAUGUUGUACGUACGUACUAGAUGCGCCCUUUUAAUAGUAACUUAUCCAAGUCUUCAUGCUUCAAA